CCUUGUGGGCUUGUGGGUGGUGCUCCAGGUGCACAUGAGUGUGGCACAGGCGAGUCUGCACGUCAGUGCCUAUGCCCCUGUGCUGGUGUACCCCUCUGCUCCUGCUCUGGGCGGAUGAGUGCAGUGACUGCAUGUGGCCGGCGCUGCUCCAGGGCCUGGUCUCAGGUGGCAUUGGCCCUUUUCAUUGCUCAGGUUGCCCCCACUGGGCCCCUCAAACCACCCUGCAUCCCCUGCUGUCCUGACUACAUCAGCCCUCAGAUCCUGCUUCGCCAACGCCCCCAGGACCUUGGGCACCAAAGCACCACUUCCCUCCUGGGCAAUAGAGAGGCUGCCCCAUGCCCUGACCGCUGCUCCUGUCCUGGCCUGGGGGUGUCUGCAGGAUGGUCACCGUGACCACUGAGGGAUAUUUGGUCUUCUCAGUGGUGGGAGUAUUGGGCCUGCCGCCAAGAUGAGCGUCACCUCCUGGUUCCUGGUGAGCAGUAGCGGCACCCGCCACCGGCUCCCGCGAGAGCUCAUCUUUGUGGGGCGUGAUGAGUGUGAGCUCAUGCUGCAGUCCCGCAGUGUGGACAAGCAGCAUGCUGUCAUCAACUAUGACCAGGACAGGGAUGAGCACUGGGUGAAGGACCUGGGCAGCUUGAACGGGACGUUCGUGAAUGAGGUGCGCAUCCCGGACCAGAAGUACAUCACGCUGAAGCUCAAUGAUGUCAUCCGCUUCGGCUAUGAUUCCAACAUGUACGUGCUGGAGCGUGUGCAGCACCGCGUGCCCGAGGAGGCGCUCAGGCAUGAGAAAUACACCAGCCAGCUGCAGGUGAGCCUCAGGGGUGCAGCCCCCAAGAGAGGCGAGGCCGUCCCAGAGCAGGCGCCCUACUGCGAGUCCUCGAACCCCAGGCUGGAGCGGGACCGGAGGCCGGGAGCAGAAGCGGCGGCCUACCGCACCCCCCUGUAUGGGCAGCCCUCCUGGUGGGGGGAGGAUGACAGCUCUGCGCCCGAGGACCGGCAGCAGGAGGGGCCGUACCCAGAGCGGCCCAAGGAGCUGGCGCAGCAGGAUGGCGACCUCGCUGGGACCACGGCCGGCUUCCGGGCGCCCACAGAGCCUCAGGGCUACUCAUUCCGCCGGGAGCCCAGCUACUUCGAGAUUCCCACGAAGGAGGCCCUGCAGCCCCCGCGGCCCCCCGAGGUGCCGGCCCACGAGGCGCCCACCAAGGACGUGGAGCCGGGAGGGGCGGCGCCCGUGGUGCAGAGCCACGCCUCCUUUACCAUCGAGUUUGACGACUGCAGCCCGGGCAAGGUGAAGAUCAAGGACCACGUCACCAAGUUUUCCCUGCGCCAGCGGCGGCCCCCGGGCAAAGCCACACCCGUCGAGGUGGUCUCCGCGGAGACCAAGGUGGCCGACUGGCUGGUGCAGAAUGACCCGAGCCUGCUGCGCCAGGCGGGCCCCGGAGACGACCGGCACAGCGCCAAGAGCGACCUGCCCGUCCACACCCGCACCCUGAAGGGCCACAAACACGAGGACGGCACGCAGAGCGACUCGGAGGACCCCAUGGCCAAGGCGGCCGCGGCCGGGGCCCCUGUGGAGAACGGGGAGCAGGUGCGUCUGCAGCGGCAGAUCAAGCGGGACCCCCAGGAGCUGCUUCACAACCAGCAGGCCUUCGUCAUCGAGUUUUUCGACGAGGACACGCCUCGCAAGAAGCGCUCCCAGUCCUUCACGCACGCCCCGCCUGGGGACCCCAAGGCCGACAACCCGCAGCUCACCAAGGCUCGCAGGCAGGAGGAUGACGACAGCCUCAGCGACGCGGGGACCUACACCAUCGAGACGGACCAGGACCAGGAGGUGGAAGAGGCCCGCAAGAGGAUCGACCAGGUGUUUGGUGUCCUCGAGUCCCCUGAGCUCUCCAGGGGGCCCUCGGCCAUUUUCCGCCCAGUCAUCAGAGGGGACAGAGAUGAGUCCGGCGAUGCGAUGGUUCCACGGGUGUCCCUGCUGCAGGAGUUUGCCUCCCGGCCAGUGGGCCUGGCCCCGCAGGGGGAGCUCCAGGACCUCCCCGUGCCGGGCUCCCCUGGAGGUCAGAAGUGGGUGUCCCGCUGGGCCAGUCUGGCCGACAGCUACUCAGACCCUGGCCUGGCAGAGGACAGCCCCGGGCCCCGAGCGGGGGAGCUCGAGGGGGCCCUGCCCAUGCGCCAGCGCCGACGGCUCCCACAGCUGCCCAGCGACAGGGCGGACAGUCCCGCUGGCCCCGAAGCCGUCAGGAAGAGCGGGCCUGGGCCACCAGAGGCGGGCAGUGAGCCGGCCGGCCGCCUCCUGGGCCAGGAGGACUUGGAGCCCGACAGCCUCAGUGAUGCCAGUGGAUCAGACGGGGGGCGGGGCCCCGAGCCAGGCAGGGGCCCCCCGGAGGAGAGGCGCAGGAGUCCCCAGGAGGGACUGGUGUGGAUGAGGGGCCGGGGCUCUCCCAGGGCCACCGGGGAGCUGUCCCCCAACUCCUUCUUCACUGCGGACCAGAACGGGGAGACUGUUUUUCCCCGGAAAACGUCUAUGGCUCCAGGGGAGGUCGAGGGCCCUGGGCGGGCAGCCCAGCCCAGCACCCCCUCAAGGGACAGUGUUUACGUCAGUGCCAGUCGCAGGAUGGUGAUCCAGCUGCAGACCGGGCGGUCCCCAGAGCCUGAGGGUCCUGCCCAGGCCAAGGAGGCCGGGGCCUUCAUCCGGCAGGAGAGCUUCACCAAGGAGCCGGCCAGCAGCCCCCCAGCACCUGGCCAGCUCCCGAACAUCCCCAGCCACCCCCUCCUACAGGACUUGGCUGCAGUCCGGGCCUCACGCAUGGACAUCCACUCCCAGGACACCCAGCUGAUCUUGAAGGAGACAGAGACGGCCCUGGCAGCACUGGAGGCCCGACUGCUCUCCAAGCCUGGGGCUGAGGCAGAGGGCAAGGUGGGCAACACCCCGGGGCCCCCAGAGGACUCCCUGUCUGGGGACUCCGAUGUGGACACGGCCAGCACCGUCAGCCUGCUCAGUGGCAAGAACGGGCCCAGCCCAACAAGCCCCCAGCUCAUGGGGCUGCAGAAGGAGAAGCCGCCGUCCCCGCCAGCAGCGCAGAACCUGGGGGGGGUCACCCUGAACAGCACCCGGGAGUGGCUCUCGGAGAAGCAUCGUCACCCAGUGGGCCCGACGGACGCAGGCCGUGGAGAGCCCGUGCGGCGCCUGGCUGUGCGGCGUGGCCAGGGUCCCCAGGGUUCCCUGGACUGGCCCGACGAGGACCGAGGCUCUGGCCUUACCCACCCGCCUGGCUCAGACACGGUCACCUCUGACCACGAGACCCCCUCGGUCACCAGGGCAGGGCGGCCAGGGUCUCGCCGGAAACCCACAGCCCCACCGCCGUCCCCAGCCGCCCGGGAAGAGCAGAGCCGCGUGUCGGCCAGCGCCCAGAAGGUGCAGCAGGUGCUGACCCGCUCCAACAGCUUGUCCACCCCACGGCCCACGCGGGCCUCCCGGCUGAGGCGGGCCCGGCUGGGGGACGCCUCGGACACAGAGGCCGCGGACGGUGACCGGGGGGCCCUGGCCAACCACGAGCCAGCGGGGCGGCCGGCGGCUGAGCAGGCCAAGAAGCUGUCGCGCCUGGACAUCCUGGCCAUGCCCAGGAAGCGGGCAGGCUCCUUCACGGGGCCCAGUGACUCUGAGGCGGCCCCCGCCCGCACCGGCUUCUCUGGCCGCAGCGUGGAGUUGUCCUGCGCCGGCCGCAGGCUCACCAGGGCCGAGGCUCCGACUGCCACCCGGAAGACUGCCAACACUGCCACCGCCUCCCGCCAGCCCUUCAGCAGGGCCCGCCCGGGCAGCGCCCGAUACUCAUCCAGCACACGUCGCCGGCAGCAGGGCUCUGAUUGCACGUCCACCUCUGAGGAGGAGUACGGCUCCCACCACGGCUCCCCCAAACACACACGCUCCCGUGCCUCAACAGCCACGCAGACCCCACGGGCGGGCAGCUGCACCCGGGCCCGGCCCCGGGCCCCUGGCCUCCGGGACACAGAUGACGACGACGAAGAGGAGCCCGACCCCUAUGGGCUCAUUGUGCAGACGGCGGAGAUUGCGGAGAUUGCCAGACUGAGCCAGACGCUGGUGAAGGACGUGGCCAUCCUUGCCCGGGAGAUCCACGACGUGGCAGGUGACGGGGACUCGCUGGGCUCCCCAGGGCCUGCCCGCAGCCCCGCCCUCAACAAUGUACCCAGCACCCCAGCCUCGACCAUCUCUGCCCGAGAGGAGCUGGUACAGCACAUCCCCGAGGCCAGCCUCAACUUCCAGAAGGUGCCACCUGGCUCCCUGAACUCUCGGGACUUGGACCAGAACAUGAACGACCGCCGUGAGGACACCCUGGCCAACAAGACUCGGCCUCGGAACCGUGAGGAGGUGAUCUUCGAUAACCUGAUGCUAAACCCCGUGUCCCAGCUGUCCCAGGCCAUCCGUGAGAACACGGAGCACCUUGCCGAGAAGAUGAAGAUCCUCUUCCAGAACUCGGGGCGCGCAUGGGAGGACCUGGAGGCUAGGAUCAACACUGAGAACGAGGUGCCCAUCCUGAAGACAUCCAACAAGGAAAUCAGCUCCAUCCUGAAAGAACUGAGGCGCGUGCAGAAGCAGUUGGAAGUCAUCAACGCCAUCGUGGACCCCAGUGGGAACCUGGACCUGCUGACCACAAGCAGGAGCUCUGCGGGCUCUGGCCAGCUCGGGAAAGGUCGGCCGGCUGCCCAGAGCCCAGCUUCCCCCCCUUCAGCCCUGUCCCUGAGGAGCUUCCCGCAGAGAGCCACCUGUGGGUCCCCUGGCCUCCCGGACCCUGCCUUCCUCCCCGACUUCCUUCCGGACUCAGAGAGGUUCCUGAUCUAGGCGGUAGGGCCAGGCGGCCCCCCUGUGUGCGAGUGUCUGGUGCCUCCCGCUCACCCUGUCCCUGCCUCGGCCCCUCCCGGCUGUGGCCGGUUCACCGUGAAGACCCCCCACACGUGCCAUAACCCCACAGGUGGGUGCUGCACCCAGGCCCCAUCUCAGCUCCCAGCCAGCAGCCCGGAGGAUUGUUCAGC